AUGACACGUGGUGACACCACCAGUACAUUGAAGAUGGGUAUGCAAUUUUUCUAUGAAGAUAGACAAGGUCAUGUUUUUGAUGAGAGGAGCAGUGAGGAUGUUUAUAUGGAACAAUGCAAUAAGUGCUGCUAUACAGUUUAUUCUGAUGACGAUAAAUCUCGAUUUUUUCAUUUAUUUUUCAGCAAAUGCUUGAAUGCUUCUGCAGCUGCGAGACAAUUGGAUCUUCAUGUCCGAGCAGCACAGAAAUGGAUUAAACGUUAUUACGAAGACCCUGAAAGCAUCUUCGAAAAGAAGAGAAAGUCAGGUCGGCGUCGUAUUCUUGGAGAAGAUCAUAAGCAGUUUCUUUUAAAUUACAUUGAUGAGAAUCCCUCUGCUCUUGUAAUUGAAGUGACAGAAAGUUUAACACAAAAUUUUGCGGGUCUUAAUGCUUCUCAUAGCACUAUUUAUAGCUUUAUGACAACUGAGCGCAACCAUCUAUUAAGCAGGUACAGUUCCAGCCUGUAG